CUAACCGAACCGUACCGGAAUCGGAAAUCGAUUCGAAUUCAGCCGGUUCUCAAAACCAAACCGGUGAUUUCGAUUUCGGUUCCGUUGUUGUUGCGAUCGAAGAUCUGGAAACCGGAUCUCGGAGUAGUAAUGACGGUAGAUCGGGAUCAGAGGAGCAACGACGGGAGAGUAAGGAUGGAGAGUCGCAGCCGAUUCGGAGAUCGACGUCGCUGGACUCUGGUGUAGUGGUAUCGAUCGCUGAUGUGCUGAGAGAGAUUGAUGAUGAGGAGGAAGACGGAGGAGAAACCGGCGGCGUCGGGACUUCGCGGCGGAGAGAGGAAAGGGGAGAAGGUGACGACGACGGGAAGACGACGACGACGACGGCGGGGGGGAGUGAGAGAAGCGGAGUUUCGAGUUUUGUGGUGAGGAGUUUAUCGACGGGGAGGUUUGUUUUCUCGAGGUAUGAUAGAUCGAGAAAUUACCGUUUACCCAAUUAAAUUAAAACACGUUUUAUUUGUUUUACUUUUUAUUUUUAAGUAAAUGUUACUAUGAACAUAAACUUAAAUAUCAUUGACUCUUUUUUUUUGUUUGUUAAUACUGUGCUUAGUAAAUGUUUUACUGAUAUAGUAAACACUUUUUGAAGAUUAAGAAAAAAGUAAUCAUUAUUUUAUGUAA